CUUGUUUUCUUCUUCUCAGCGACUUGCUUCUUUCACCACCAAAAGGCAUCUUUCCAUUUUCAGUUUGCAAAAUGAAACAAAAUUCAAAUGUACCAGCCUUUCUCACCAAGCUUUGGACUCUUGUGGAAGAUUCUGACACAAAUGAAUUUAUUUGUUGGAGUCAGGAAGGUAACAGUUUCCUUGUCAUGGAUGAACAGCGAUUUUCCAAAGAUAUCCUUCCCAAGUUCUUCAAGCACAACAACAUGGCCAGCUUUGUCAGACAGCUGAAUAUGUAUGGAUUUCGCAAAGUGAUGCACAUCGACACAGGCAUAGUAAAGCAAGAGAGGGAUGGACCAGUUGAAUUUCAGCAUCAUUACUUUAAACAUGGUCAGGAUGACUUGCUGGAAAACAUCAAAAGAAAGAAUGGACCAUUAUCAUGCACCUGUAUCGAAACAGGGGAAGUGGGGAAAAAUACGCAAUCUGUGCACUUAAAUAGCGAAUGGAGGACUUUUCCCUGUGGUUUUCAUGCCAGCCAGGUUUCCAAUGCAAGACCAAAUGAUACGAAGAUCAGACAGGAAGACCUGUCCAAUAUUUUGGCCAGCGUUCAGAAUGUUCACGGAAAACAAGAAAGCAUUGAUUCCAGACUCAACACACUGAAAAGAGAUAAUGAAGGUCUAUGGAGGGAAAUAUCAGACCUGAGACAGAAGCACUCCCAACAGCAGCAAAUCAUUAAGAAGUUAAUACAAUUCAUCGUCACAUUGGUACAGAAGAACCGGAUGAGUUUAAAACGCAAGAGGCCUAUUCUACUGAACAGCAAUGGAAAGAAGCCUAAAUACAUCCAUGAAAUCUACGAUGAUCCUCCUCUGGACCACAACAAACCCUCUGUCAGUGGUUUGAAGAGUGCUGAUCUUACUGACGAUGUCGUCAUCUGUGAUGUAACUGACGAUGACACAGAGAUCACAGAGGGCCCCUCAAGAGCAUUGGAUCAAUCGGAUGUAGAAAUAGUUGAGGUCUUCAACAGCAAUACUGUGUCACAGACAGACAGCGCUGACAGUAUAGGACAGACGAACUCUUUAGUAAUCGAACCAGAAGAGACCACCAUAAGCACAUAUGAUAGCCUUCCCACAAGCAGCACCUUGCAGCUCAACAAACAGUCAGGGCUAAGCCUGGAGGAUCCAAUGAAAAUGAUGGACUCAAUCCUCAAUGAGAGUGGAGCUAUUUCUCAGAAUAUCAAUCUCCUCGGCAAGGUUGAGCUGAUGGACUACUUGGACAGCAUUGACUGCAGUUUGGAAGACUUUCAGGCUAUGUUGUACGGGAAGCAGUUCAGCAUUGAUCCAGAUAUUUUAGAGGCCACAGAGGGGAGUGGUGGUCCCAAAGAAAAUGCAGGGCUGCUAUCCAAAGGAGACAAGUCUAGUUUCUCAGCAGACAACCAGCUGGUCCAGUACACAUCCUGCCCUCUGCUGGCCUUCCUGGAUGGCUGCACCCCUUUGGCCACAGAGGCAGACAGCAGCACAGCCACAGAGCUGGGAGACAGCCUGCUGCAGCACAACACUGAGGUCCCCACAGACCUGCUGGAGCGAGACGAGGAGCCUCCACGAAGCUCUCUGAUCCGCCUGGAGCCCCUGACUGAGGCAGAGGCCAGUGAAUCAACGCUCUUCUAUCUGUGUGAACUCAACCCAGAAGGUGACACCACUGACUCGACGCAGCUGGAGAUUUAACAAGGUUAACCAAGGAGCAGAAAAAGGAUUGGACCUUUUCUAGAUACUUGAUAAAAUGAUCUAUUUCCUGUUCAGAAGUAAGACAUUCCGUCAUUUAGUGGAAUAAUCUACUAACAGCUGUACGUAAACCCCGAUUAAGAUGAGGCUGCAAUUGUUGGUUUAGGUUUCAGCAUUUCUUGUGAAAAGGGGAAUGUUUCACUAUGUAUUCUUGAUAUGUUAAGGAUCACAUUCAUCUUUAAUGAACAAAAAAAAGAAGUGCUUGUUUCCUUAGUAAAACCCCAAUGUUGGUCAUUUCAAGUACUGUAGUCUGAUAUGUACCAUGUUUCAUGUUAAGAUUCAUAGAUUGUUAAGCUUCGCAAUGACAUUAAAAGAACAGCAAAAGCAUCAUUA